CCAACGGGCACCUUCGUUUUUGGUGAAUUUUUAGUAAUAAUGAUGAGUUUUAUUCAAGAAGUUAGUUAGUUUACUCGCGCUGUAAUGUGAUAAAAAACGUCGGACAAAGGCUGGCUCGCAGUGAAUUCAAUGCGCAAAUGAACGGCGAAAAGUGUCUGGGGCGCAAAGACCUUGAAACGAAAUUGGAGACCAAAACAAAAGUGACGUCAUGAUGGUGCUAUUUAUAAGAACAAGAGCUGACGACGGCACACGCAGAAUGAUUUAAGUCACCAAAAAUCGGAGGAGAACAGAAACACUCAACGACAACGACUAGGACCGGAACGGGUCUAAUUUUUAUACAAACCCCAAAAAAAUAGAUAUACAGAAAAGCCGUAAUCACAGAGCCACCUGCGACGAUCAUCCGCACCCGCUACAAUGGCCAGUGUCUGGAAGAGAUUGCAGCGCAACUUUAAGCGGGCGGCCAAAUUCCAGUUCACCGCCUCGUACCACGAUCUGCAUCUGGAAACCACCGCCAAGUGGCGACCGUCGAACCUCUCGAUAGUAUGGACACGAAGAUCUAGAAGAGUGGCCAGUGCUCCGUUGCCAUGGGAGCCGGAUAUGAUGAAUCCAUUGGUGGGAAAUAUAUCCUGGCCUGUGCCCGACAAUCAUACCAUAUCGGUAACCCUGUUCAAGGAUCCCCGCACACACGAGCUGGAGGACAAGGACUGGACGUUUGUCAUCGAAGAUGUUACCCCUAUGGGUAAGAAACGUGUGCUGGCCAAUGCCAGUAUCAAUAUGAGAAAGUAUGCCAGCAUAGAAUCCACUCAGCAGAGCUUUACAUUGAGUUUAAAGCCCGUUUCGAAGAAGAUUACAGCUGCCAGCUUGGAACUCACGAUAAGCUGUGUAUUUUUAAGGGAGGGCAAGGCAACAGAUGAGGACAUGCAGAGCGUUGUCUCCAUGAUGUCCGUAAAUAACAACUGUGAUGUGGCGCCCUUGGACGACUUGGAGGAUAUUCCAGACUUGGAGAAUUUUAGUGAAAUUACAGACAAUUUUUAUGACUUUACCCAGCAAUUGGACCAGAUGACAACGAGCCUCAAUGGCUGCAUUGAUGUGGCCACCCCCCUAAGUGUACCUUCGUUAUCUGAAGACCCCACUCCCUUGGCCGAGUCCUUUAAUCAAUUGCAUUUUGAACUAGACGGCGAUGGCGAACGGGGAGCCACGAACAAGUUAGACUUGCCCACCACAACAGCAGCAGCAUCCGGUGGUUCUAGCGGGGCCAGUGGUAGCGCUGACGAGUCCCUGAAAACUCCCAACGGAGUGCAGGCUGUGGAUAGCACGCCCAUCAAGUCGCCGGGCGAGGCGAAGCAGCAGAAACAGACCCCUGGCGAGGGCUUGGGUUUGAAGACAAACGAGGCCUUUGCCAAGCUACUCACCUCAACACCGCUGGAACCCAAAGUCAGCAAGGAUGAACCGAAGCAAAUGAAGAAGAGGGCUUUGUACUUUACCGAAAAGGAAGAUAAGAACGAGUUCAAAGAGGAAACUCGCAAGGAGGAGACUACCAAGAGUCUGGGGAACAACAGCACGGUGACAAAGGAGGAUACCAUGGAGAAGAGCAAUACUCCGUCUGUGGUGACUCCCAAGCGGCCUGAGCUUCAACCUUUGAACUUGAAGAAGAGCUACGAACUCUCGCCAAUUCCUGUAGUCGCACCUGCACCCGCACCCGCGCCCGCUCCCGCUCCCGUGAUAAACGAUUCAAUGCGAUCACAGACCGGAGCUAAUGCCUCAAACAACAGCCUGAAACCGGUGGAGAAGAUUGUGCUGAAGGAGAACACGCCCGGCCAGGAUCUGCUGGAAUGGUGCAAGGAAGUAACCAAAGACUAUCCCAAUGUUAAGGUCACCAAUCUGACAACUAGCUGGCGCAACGGCAUGGCCUUCUGCGCUAUUAUUCAUCACUUUGUGCCGGAGCUAAUUGACAUGUCCAAACUGAGUGCCCACGAGGUGGUUGGCAAUUGUCGGAUUGCCUUCGAUGCGGCAGAAUCCCUUGGUAUUCCUCGUGUGAUUGAACCUAGGGACAUGAAUCUGCUGACAGUGCCCGACAAGCUGGCCGUAAUGACCUAUUUGCAUCAGUUGAGGGCGCAUUUCACAGGCAAACAGCUGCAAAUUGAACAAAUAGGCUCCACGGCUGACGAGUCUAGCUAUGUGAUUGGCAACUACAAGUCUGAUAACUUGUCGCAGAGUCGCUUGAACUUCUCGCACCUGAAGACACAGCUGCUGCAUCAGAACUCCUUUGACGAUGAGAUUAACGGGCUGAACAAAUCGGAUCAGUUGUCGCCGACCAGCAAAAAGGAUGUAAAGAAUCUGAUUCUUUACAACUCGAAGAACAUUUUGGACAAGGUGCUGUCGCCCGCCAAGGAUAAGAAUUCGAUCAAUGCCUCGCAGCAUGCCAACCAGUCGUCGGUGCAAACGCCGCCGCCGCCGCAGGAGGAACCCUUUGAUGAUGUCCCACCAACGGGUGGCAAGGAGAACAGCUCUCUAUCCGUCCUAGAUGCCCAGGCGGCCAGUCGAAUUGUAACGCGCCACAAGCUGAUGAGCGAAAAAGCCAAGCUGCUGAGAGAAAAGUUAAAGCUUUGCAAUAAUCCCAGCGAUGCGAACGAAGAGGAGCGACAGCAAAGGCUGCGGGAACAGGCUCGUCGCCUGAUCCUGGAGACGCGUGUUAAGAGUGGCGGCGGCUCCAUUGAGAGUCCCACCAGCCCCACCAAGCCCAAGCGGUUUAAUUUCUCGCCGGAGCGGACCAUUUCGCCGAUCCACAAUGGAGCCGAUGAGUUCUUUGCGGAGCACGGAAAGAAGCUGGAGGCCAAGGAACAGCCGGGCAGUCCUAGUCAUAGGUUAAGUGAUCCCAAGGGCCUGGGUGUCAAGGGCAGUCCCCUGCAGUCCUUUAACGCGAUCGUAGACCGCAUCUCACCAAAGAACGAAAAGAGGGGCGACAAGCUGUCCUACAUCGAGUCGGAGCUGGAGGCCUUGGAGCGGGAACAGGAAGCAAUUGACCAGAAGGCCAGCAGUCUGGAGGCCAAGCUGCGCGCCGUGAUGGGCGGCAAUCCAAAGACCGAGGAAACGGAGGAGCAACUCCUAUCGCAAUGGUUCACGCUGGUCAAUAAGAAGAACGCACUCCUACGCCGGCAAAUGCAGCUGAACAUUCUCGAGCAAGAGAAAGACCUGGAGCGAAAGCACACUAUGCUGAAUCAGGAGCUGAGGGCAGCGCAAUCCGUGGAGGACUGGCGCAAGACGGAGGUGCAGCGCGAAAAGGAGCGGCUGCUGCUUGAGGAGCUAAUGACGAUUGUCGACAAAAGGGACCAGUUGGUACAGCAUCUGCACAACCAGGAGAUAGCGAUCGAGGACGAUCAAGAAAUAGCCAGGGAACUGGAACAGGUCGACAUCAGUGGCGGCAAAGACAAAUGUGUUCUUCAAUAGAAAUCGAAAUUAACCAAAACCUGACUGGAGAUUAUACUUACAAACACACACACACUCACUUAUCUAUGUAACUAGUUAGAUAACAACUAUGUAUGUUCGUGGUCGCGUGGUUUUUGUGGUUCAGUGUCGCUUAUGCAAUAGUUAUAUCCAACGACAACACAUUACUUGGACCACUCUCGGUAUGGUUUAAAAGAAAAACAACAAAGAACACUGUGAAACAAAAGAGUAAAAAGGUAAAUUGCUUUUGUAUUUAAGCAAAGAAAAUUCAAAAAACAAAUAAGAACAAAACGUCCGUUAGUAAACUAAGUAAAAAAAAACCAAUAACAGGGACAGUUUAUGACAACCAUCAGAUAUUGCAAAUUUUUUCUAGUUAAUUUUGUGUAAAUUCAGUUCGUUUCUUGUUUUUGUGUUUUUGUGCCAUGUCGAAAAUAAAUCCUGAGCCCAACAUCUGACGACAGAAAGGAAUUGUGGAGGCAAUUUAACGAUAGUUUGUACUUUUAGCAUUUAUCCCACACCCCCCCACACACACACAGUACUAGAAAACGCUUCAUCCAAAAAUACACAUACUAUAUAUAUAUAUAUAUUUAUGAUCCUACCUUUUUGUGCAAAAGAGAACCUAUCUUACCAUUCUUAAUUUAGUCUCUUACGUACGAUGUUUGCUCUAAGUUAAGACAAAGCGCUUUAAUCAUAUAAUUUAAAGGUGGCUUAUAUACUUAUACAAAUAAACAAAUUUUAAUUUACUUUUGCCCCCGGCGAAUGUAUAAAGAACUGUUCAAAACCCAAGAGAAACCCCUAGCUAAUAAAGCAAAAACAAUGCUGAUCAAAAUCGAAAGCGUUGAAUGAAUAAACCCAACAAUAAUUGUGAA